CUGGGCCCUGAAAUUCGAUUCAGCAGUUGGAAAUCAACCACAGAUUUCUUCAUUCACCCUCCCACGGGGGCCACAGCGCAGGCACGGACGCCUGUUGAGGAAAACCACAAAGGGCAUCUCAACAGCUCCAACGGGAAAAAGAGAGUAUUGUCCCAGUCAGCAGGCCACUAGCUUAGGAACUUGCAGUUACCUUGGUUUUUGCUAAAAUGAAGACGCUGCACUCGACACUUCUCUUAUUACUGUUUGUGCCUCUGAUAACGCCAGCGCCGCCAGCUCAGCAGAACUCACGCAUUAUCUAUGAUUACGGAACAGCUAAUUUUGAAGAAACCUUGUUUAACCAAGAGUAUGAGGAGAAAUAUGUGGAUGGAAGAAAUACGAAGGAAAAACAAUCUAUGAUAAUAACUGAUGAGAAAAGUCUUCAAUUACAAAAAGAUGACAGCAGUAUGCCAUUAAACCCCAAGAAAGAAAUUGAUGAAAUGCCCACAUGCCUGUUGUGUGUUUGCUUAAGUGGCUCUGUAUACUGUGAAGAAAUUGAUAUUGAUGCUGUCCCACCUUUGCCAAAGGAAUCAGCCUAUCUUUAUGCACGGUUCAACAAAAUUAAGAAACUGACUGCCAAAGAUUUUGCAGAUAUACCUAACUUAAGAAGAAUGGAUUUUACGGGAAACCUGAUUGAAGAGAUAGAAGACAAUACUUUCUCACAACUUGCUCUCUUAGAAGAACUGACACUAGCUGAAAACCUACUGUUGAAACUUCCAGUUCUUCCUCCCAAGCUUACUUUAUUUAACGCAAAGUACAACAAAAUCGAAAGUAAGGGGAUCAAAGCAAAUGCAUUCAAAAAACUGAAUAACCUCUCCUACCUCUACUUGGACCACAAUGCCCUAGAGUCUGUACCUCUGAAUUUGCCAGAAAGUCUUCGUGUGAUUCAUCUGCAGUUUAAUGACAUAACGUCAAUCACAGAUGAUACAUUCUGCAAGGCUAAUGACACUCGCUACAUCCGGGAGCGCAUUGAAGAGAUACGUCUGGAAGGCAACCCCAUCGCCCUGGGGAAACACCCUAACAGCUUCAUCUGCUUAAAAAGAUUGCCCAUAGGGCCAUACUUUUAACUACUAUUGAUGCAACAGAAAAAAGAUGAAACUUAUACAUACUUAUAAUCAGUUUUAACAACGUCUAAAACAUAGAUAUUUCUUAACAUUAAUGUGAAUUUUAAGUUUUAAGCAAGGGAUGUUCAAAAAUCCUAUAAUAAGUAAAAAGUAAGACUGAAUUUGUAAGUUCAAAUCAAAAUAAUAUGAAAAGCAUUUAGACACCAUUACAAAAUCCACGUAGUUGAUACUAGAGAGCCAGUAAGUGGUACGUCUUUAUAAAAAUACCCAAAUUUAAGAAGCUUUAUUUCCAUUACUAAUGAAAUGAAAGAAGUCCAAGAAACUUUCAACUGUUUGUGUUUUCUGGCAUUGACUGAAUCCCUAAAGCAUUAAAGGAGACAUUCUAAAAACUUUGAAAAGUUAAACAUUUCCAGUAAAGUCCCAUUUUUUUCUUAUGAUUCAUAUAUUAUUCUGAACUAAGAACUUUGAGUUAUUUCUAUUAAGGCAGCUAUUAUACUUUACUUAGCCUGAGAAAUAUGAUAUAGAAUCAUAUUAAUGCAGAAUGCCCUAAAUAAAGUUUACUUAUACUUUCUUAGAGCUAAUAAAAGUUAUUCUGCUUUGCAGACACACAGUUAAAAGCUUUAUUAAGAUAGGCCAAAAUUUCUUGUCUCUAAAUAUUAACAUUCUAAGUCUAUCAUAAAACGUUUUAAGGAGCCAAACAGAUUGAAGUCAUUAGCUUAUACAAAAAACAAAAAAAUUAAAAUUCAUUUCCACAAAAACAGUCAUAAGGUUCUCUAUUGUAAAGGUUUUCAAAUAUAAUAUUUAUCACAAAUAUUUUUCCUUCACAGUACAGAAAUGAGAAAUCUCAACAAAUAUGUCAACAUAUAAGACAUGAAAACAAAGUGAAUUUUGUGAUGUACUGUGUACCACAUUCCUAUGCCUUUAAAAACACAUCCAUAUUAAUGAAAACAUACUAUAGAAUUACAUAUAUUCAAUGGUGAGAAUUCAUCUUCAUUAUAAAAGCGGUCACACAAUGCUUCCAGAUAAAAUUUUCUAAAAUUGGACCAGAGAGACUGUACAGUGGGUAGGGUGCUUCCCCUGAAUAAGGCCAAAGUAGGUUCGAUCUUCGGCAUCCUAUAUGGUACCCCAAGCACCGCCAGGAGUGAUCCCUGAGUGCAGAACCAGGACUAAGUCCUGAGCACUGCUGGGUAUAACCCCAAAACAAAAUAAAUGAAACAAAAAUUUCUAACUUUCCUCUUGCUCAAACCCCGCUCAAAAGUCAAUCCCUACAUUGCUUUGGGGUUACAUACAAAAUUAUCAGUGCUCUAGAAACCAGAGGCUGAACUGUGUCUAUAAAAUUUACACACUCUGGGACCAGAGUGUGAGUAGGGUGUUUUGGCCUUGCAUGCGGCCAAAUUGAAUGUGAUCCCUGAUAUUCCAUAUGGUGCCCAAGCACCACCAGGAGCUAAUUCCUGAGCAUCCUAACCCAAAAAAGAAAAAUUAUAGACACUGUUUCCACAAUAAACUGAAAUUAGUUGGUUUGAAUCAAGUUGGUCUUUAUGCACUGUUCCCAGAACAAAUAUUUAUCAAAGUUUAAACAUCCACUUGUUUUGUCCCCUACUUAGAAUGACUUCCUGUUUUUUAAAUUUUGUCCCCUAUGUCGAAGUUGACCUCACAAUAAAACUUCUUUCCUUAAAACACCAGUGUUAUCUGAAGGCCAUAAUAAUUUCCUUUCAACACUUAUGAAAUCAUUCAUUUGUUUUUUUUUGAUAAGUAAUAAUCAGCUUGGUUACAUAGUUUUCUCAUGAUCUUGUGUGUAUGCCUCGUUUUUCUGUAAGUGGAAGGUUCUAAGUGCGUCGAUAACACCCAAAUUCCUUAGUGAGCACGUGUGAAUUGAAUAUACAAUGAACGGUGCAAAAUAAAAUCCAUUGAA